UUUUUUUGCAAGAUCCAGCUUGAAAUUUUUUUUUUUUUUUCCUUUUUCCUGCUGAAGAGAAAAAUGGCAGCUCCAAUGAUCUCAUCAGCAGCUCUAGGAGCUGGAUUGGAGUUAGUUUUUGGAAAUUUUAUUAGAAUUAUUUUAGAGGUACGAAGAGGCAAUGCUCUGUUUAGAAAAACAUUGGAAGAUCUUGAAGAUUUGCUGCAGUCGUUUUUGCCCAGUAUCAGAAGAAUGGAUUCAUUAAAUAGAGAGUUUGAUCGACCGGAAGAAAUUGAUGGGUUAAAAGAUUUGAUCAAGAAGGGUGAAGCUUUAGUAAUUAAAUGUUCAAAAAUCCACAAGAAUGAUUAUGUCAGGAAGCCUUUUUAUAUCAAGAAAUUAACGAAGUUGGAGGAGUCUAUUCGUAGGUAUGUUAUUACCACUUUACAAUUAUAUCAAUCUUCAAAUAUAAAGGAGGGUCUGUAUGAAGUAAAGUUAAUUAGUACAAAGAUCAGCAGUUUAAGUAUUGGAGCAUAUAGUGGUGGGAAUGUUGGCGGUAUGUCUGGUAAGAGUGGUUUUGUAGGUGUGUGUUCACCUCCUGGGCUUAAGAUUAAGCCAGUUGGGUUAGAGAUUCCACUGAAAGAUUUGAAAGAAAAGCUGCUUAAAGAUGAUGACAUGCCACAACUGCAAGUGAUUGUUGUAUCUGCUCCUGGAGGAUGUGGGAAGUCCACAUUGGCUAAGGCGCUAUGUCAUGAUUCCGAUGUUUAUGACAAAUACAAGAGCAAUAUCUUCUUUGUAGUCGUCUCAAAAUCACCCAACCUGAUGGUUAUUGUACAAGGGCUAUUCCAGCAUCUGAAUCAGAUGGAGCCUGAUUUUUUAAGUGAGAAAGAUGCUCUUAACCAAUUGGAAAAUUUGCUGAGGUCCAUAGGACCAGAUCCUAUACUGUUGGUCCUUGAUGAUGUUUGGUCUGGAGCAGAACCGCUUGUUGAGAAGCUGACAUUCCCAAUACCAGGUUACAAGAUUUUGGUGACAUCAAGAUUCGAAUUUCCACUGUUGGGUUCUAGUUAUAAAUUGCGAACAUUAAGUAAUGCAGAUGCCAUAACUCUUUCAGAUGGGAACUCAUACAGACCAAAUGAAGAUGUAAUUAAUAAGGUGCUUCACUAGCUUUGUGGUUGUGGAUUACUUAUUUCAAUUUCAUUUUUCACUUCUUAUGUGAAGCAUCACAAAAUCAAGUGUGUAAGACAAUCAAAUAUGUUUUACAUUAUGGAUUAUCAAACAAUCAAUUUGCUCAUUGA